AUGUCGGCUAUGGAAAAUCUUUGGAAAAAAGAGACACCAGGUCGGAAAUCAAAUUACAUUGAUCUCUUUCCGCGCUUGUUUCCCGCUCGACUUGACCAAUUGGCCCAGAAAUUGCGGUCGGACAAUGGAGAAAAAAAUAAUACAAUAUCAACGGAGCUUCGUUUGGAAGGGAAUGAUCUAUUUCGAUCGAACGAAUUUGUGAAAGCCAUGGAUUUUUACAGUGCAAGUUUGUGUUUCGCUGAAAUUGGUACAGAGAAUGUGGCUUUGGUGUAUGCAAAUCGAUCGUCGUGUUUUUUGUCUUUGAAAAUGUACGAAAAAGCGUUGAUUGAUAUUGAACUCGCCAAACAGACAAACUAUCCGGAUCGAUUGUUGCCAAAAUUGGAGGAACGACGAGCCAAAUGCCUGCGAUUGAUGGAAACUGAGAUAAUCGAACAAAGUCAAUUCGAACCGAAAUUGAGUUUUCAACCACACGAUCGAUUCAAUUGUUUGGCAAACGUGUUGGAUAUUAAGUACAAUGAUCAAUUUGGUCGUUUUGUUGCAGCCACUGCAGACAUCGAUGUUGGAAAAACGAUAAUGGUCGAGCAAAAUUUCGCAUCCGUGUCAAUUGACGACGAACGAAUGACGUGCACAAAUUGCAUGAAAAUCAAUGCCAAUUUCAUCGCUUGCCCACACUGUAUAGGCGUAAUGUACUGUAACAUUGAAUGUAUGCAACAAGAUGCGAUCCAUGAGUUGGUGUGCGGACAAUUUCAGUCGAUUGCUGGUUCGAUAAAACUGUAUAUCAAAACGAUUUUGAUUGCCAUACAACUCUUCGAAAGUGUCGAUCGCUUGAUAGAAUUUGUGGAAAAUGCUAUGAAAGCCGGUAGCAAUGAUGUUCCAGAAACAGUUAUCGAUACAAAAUCACAGUAUCGGCUAUACUUGACACUACAUUCUGAAUUUUGCACCGAAGACCAAAACGACCUUUUUGUGGACGCUCAGAAAAUAUACAUCACCUUACAAUCGGCACCGGCAAUCAAAAACCGAUUCAACACACUGCGAAAACAACGGUUCUUACAACAUUUAAUAUGUCAACACUUACUGGUCACCGCACGAAAUCGAUUUCAAUACACCAGUGAUCAACUGAAAGUCACAGACAUCGCUCCGAUGGGUUGCAUAUUCAACCACUCAUGUGCACCGAAUGUAUUCAACGAUGUGAUUAACGAUAAAGCUGUAUUCAUCACAAUUCGUCCGGUACGAAAAGGAGAACAAUUGUUCAUUUCAUAUUUGGGUGAGAACGCUAGCAAUUCGACCGAUAACCGACAAAUGAGCCUGUUGGAAGACUUUGGAUUUGUGUGUGAAUGCGAUAAAUGCCAACCGCACUGUUCGCACGUCGAUCAAGCGAAAAUGAAAUGUGAUUCGCAUUUCACGUACGUUGAGCAGUCCUACAAAACCGCAUUUGAGGAUAAAAUACAGCGAAUUGCAUUGAAGGAAGCCUGCAUUGAAUUUCUUCAGAAAUAUGGACACUUACCAUGGUCAGAUGAAAUAAACUUAGUGAUGCUAUGCUAUCUGAAAUGGCUAUUUGAAUAUAUGCAAACAGAUUUUUGA